ACCUACUACAUAUAAUAUUCGAGUGCGUUGACUUCACUUAGGCUGAAUUUCUUCGUAUAAAUAGAUUUUCUUCUCCGGAUGCAUUUCAGUUUAUUUUUUGUUGUGUAAUUUUGUGCAUUUGUUAGAAAUGGAUCAGAUUUUGUUUUCGAUCGUAACCCUAUUGCUCAUCUACAACUCACAAUCAGCGCCACAAUUCCCAGCAUAUCCUGACUUCCCCUACUACCGAGCUCACUCAGCACCUCACUACCCCUCGCAAUCCAAUUACCCAGGAUAUUUCUACUACCAACAUCCCUUCGCUUACGAUCCGUACUCAAACCCAUACUACAUUUACAAUCAUCUAGGUCCAGUCCCACAAAAAUUCCUCGAUUCCAAACCCACCGUUGAUACGAAACCCUCUCACAGCGAAACUGAAUCCUCAGCAGAGACACGAAAAAUCAACUUAAAAUCUAGUUCCUCUACUCCUGUUUCAAAUCUCCAGCAGCGAACUCCGAUCAUCCCCAAUAUCCAAUACGUUCCAAUUUAUGCCAGAAAUCUCGACAGUUGGACCGCCAAAGAAAUCCCUGUCACUGUAAUCCUCGAUGAAAACUACGAAAAAUCGUACAACGUGCCAUACAACACGUACCAAAAUCCUUACGUACGUAAUUACGUAGAACAACCUAAACCCUCUUCGGAAACAGCUUCUUCAUCAGCAGCGUCUGGACCGAGACCGGGACCGGGAUCGAUUAUUUUGAAAUCAGCUGCUCACGACGAAGGGCAUACUAUUAACGUUCAUGAAAUUUCCCAAGAGCAAUCUCAAUACAUUCAGGGUGCUCCUAUCAUACCGAACGUGGCAAGCAUUAGCACACCACAAGCGUCGAUUGCAUUUUACCCGACACCUUAUCAAGGGCCCAUUUCGUACGGAGCAGGACGAGAUUUAGGUAGUUGGAAUGUCAACGAGAUACCCAUCUCGGCUGUCGUUGUCGACGAAGGUGUCAAUGAUAAGAAUUCUGAAAAAGAAAUCAAACAAACAGAAGAAAAAAUCGACUCCGCAUCUCCCGUGAUCUCAUCAAUUAAAACUAAGUAAACUAGUACUAUACAGACUGAAGCUUUUAAAAUUUUAUUUUUUAUAAUUCACCUCGUCUAUACAUUAAGAUGUUCACAUUGGCCAAAUAAAUCGCAUUUAUAUUCCA